UGUCUGCCACUUUUUUUAAGCCGUGUUCGAGUGCAAGGCUUUGGAAUGCGCUGUGCGCAAUACUGGGCGGUGCCCUGUCCUAUAGCCGCUGCGGAUUCCCGAGUCCUGCACAGACAAUCGCUCCAGCUCUUGCUCAAGACGCGUUCAUUUCUACUUCUACAAGCGCCCCAGCCCGACCCUGAAAAUGCCUUCUGAACUGGAACGCUGCAUGGAGUCCCUCAUCACCAUCUUCCACAAGUACGCUGGCAAGGAGGGCUGCGCCAACUCCCUGAACAAGAAGGAGCUGAAAGAGCUCAUGACCAACGAGCUCAGCAACUUCCUCAAGAGCCAGAAGAACCCAGCGGCGGUGGAUAAGAUCAUGAAGGAUCUGGAUCAGAAUGGAGACCAGGAGGUGGACUUCGAGGAGUUUGUGGCUCUGGUGGUGGGUCUGUCCAUCUCCUGUGAGCAGCUCUUCCGAGUCCACCUGCAGAAGCAGGGCAAGAAGUGAGGGGGAGAGCCAGACUGAUGUGUGUGUGCUUUUCACUUUUCAUGCAGAAUAAACUACCCUGAUACACACAA